CAUGCAUUGGCUAUGUGGCGGCUGAAUACAUGUUAGGGAUUCUGAGCUGGGAAAAAUGAGAUGGAUCCUCUUAAUCUGGGCGUCGCAGGCCCUGCCGCUUCUCUGCUCGACACAGGACGCUGUGGGUGAAGGGAAUAGCCUGUCUUCCUCCGGCUACCAUCUAUGUGUCCAGAAUGAGACCAGAGUUGUGAGUUUCUUGGUGAUACAUUCGGUCCCUUAUAGAGUGACAAAGCCUUGUGGAGGAUGGUUACCGUGGACGACGUGUACCGUCACCCUUUACAAGAUGAUGCAUCAGAUUGAGUACAAGACAGUAAAUGAGCAGGUGACGAGGUGCUGUGAUGGCUAUCAUCAAGUUGGUCGUUACUGUUCCCUAUCUGUAAACAGGAGUGAUGAGUUAACCGCCAAGCCAGGAUCCUGUCCAACUGCAGAUGGAUUGUCUCCCAGUUUUGCGGACUGUGAGUUUGAUUUAGACUGUCCAGGCUGGCAGAAAUGCUGCCAGAGAUUUGGACAGUUUCUCUGCACCGAUCCUACAAAACAAGAUCUGCGGUUUGAAGGAAGCCUCUGGAAUACAACACUGACUGUUAAGAUGGAUCACCAGCAACUGUCCAAGGAAAAUGGGCUUCUCAAUCUCACAAGAUUAUUGCAAGCAAUGAUAACUGGGGCGCUGGAGUCUGAGGUUUCUAUCUUUUAUCUCAGUGCGUUGCCCGUCCAUCCCUUCAGAGUUGCCACAUCUCUGCUCCUCCUGAGCAACUCGUCUCUUUCACUGUACAACGUAACAUCAAAGCUGCAGCUUCUUCUUAAACACAUACCGGAGGUGUCAUCAGUAACAGUGCAAGCAGAUGUGGAUGAGUGUGAGCAGCCUGUUCUCCAUCAGUGCUCUCUUCAGGCAGAAUGCAUUAACACACUGGGCUCUUACCACUGUGUCUGCCAGCAGGGAUAUAUGGAUGAUGACCCUGCUGGUAACUGUACAGGGGACACCGUGGUGCAGACCUCCACUGAGCCCCCACCUGUGAACGCAACCUUUUCCAGCACACUGCAUCCUUCAGGGAAUGGCACCAUGGGAAGCUUCAGCUCUUCUGAGGCCAGUGUGACUGCAGCUCUGACUAACACAAGUUCUGUCACUUAUAAUUCAUCACAUGCUUCACUGGGGACAAGUUCAGCACCGGUUAACAGCAUGAGUUCAGCUGCAGCCUCACCUCCACCAGCACCCACAUGUCGUCCUCCACGCAUCAGAGGCCUGUGGUCUGCUAACGUCACUGGAACAUCCAUGUCUGUCCGCUGGUCAACCACUGCUCAAAUCAACCAGACUUUCCAGAUCACUUUAAGCAAAUCUUCAGAGGUCAGUGAGAUGUGGGAAACCAGCAUGAUGAUGAUAGAGAUCAGAGGACUACAGCCUGGGGUGCUCUACAAUGUGACUGUGACACCUUGUGCUUGUGGAAGGAGAGGAUCUACUGUCCAUAUAAUGAUCAAAACUGAUGCUCAGACACUGGAUGCCACAACACGACUUACCAACAUCGAGUUCAGCGAAGACCUGACAAACAGCAGCAGCCAGGCCUACAAAGACCUAACUGUGACGUUUAUACAAGAGAUCUACCAGUCUCUGGCUCCAGAGUUCAAAGCUAUGGUGGAUUCAGGUCAGGUGAGGAUUGAGAUCCAAAGCUUCUCCCCAGGCAGUGUGGUUGUGAACUUCUCCAUAAUCUUCAACCAAAGUCCAGACCAGGCCUCAGGCAACGUGUCCUCCGCCAUCAUGCUUUCCCUGAUGAACAGCUCCAGAUUCAUUCUGGAUGUAAAUAACACACGCAUUCAUGAUUCUGAUGAAUGCAUCUCAGCAGAAAAUGAUUGUUCUCAGUGGGCUACAUGCAUAAACACGUGGGCCUCCUACACUUGCAUAUGCAAUGAAGGAUUGAUAGACCAUAACCCAGAUAGACCUGGACGCAACUGUCAAGCAAAUGAUACAGUGGAUUCAGCAUCAGCACCAGGAGUUUCUACUAGAAUGCACUUUACAACUGUUCCAACCUUUGUUCAGUCCACUACCACCUCUAUAACUACCAACUCUACCUUGUUAACUAGUGCAAAUGCUUCUCCCAUUAACACUGAAACCCUGACAGCUGCAGCUGAUAAUUUCCCAUCAACAGCAGAUCCACCGAUGACAGUCUACACUGCCUCUGCAGUUACUGUCCAAGCAAGUGUUAUCGCCCCAACUCCUGUUGUUAAUGUUCAACCAGCAAUCUCCUCUACAGCUUUCACCAACACCCCAAGAAUUACGUCUAUGCAAGCAAUCCCUUCUACCAAUCCAAUGACUGUCACUCCCAUAACAGCUGUUACUGGAUCUACAAUCAGUACAACAGACAUCAUAACUCCUAUCCAAGUGAUCUCUCCUGUUGCUCCAACAACGACCACUUCAACUACCUCUACCACAAGUCCCUCUUCUAUGAUGCUAACAACCCCUUCUUCUGCUCUGAGAUCACUGGCUAAUUACUCUUUGUCAGGAGCCCUUUCAGUGCAGUGCAGAGUAGCUGCCAUUACUGUGACUCUUUCUAAGGCUUUUAUGUUGAGAGGAAACAUCCAGGAGGGUGCUUUGUACUUGGGAAUGCCAGGAUGUGGGGUCAACGGAGGCAAUGUCAGCCAUGUCCAGCUGACUGUGGCGUGGGAUGAGUGUGAUACUAGGCUUGUGCAUGUAAGUCUCAUUUACCUGAUUACUGGAUAA